AAGUGCCCUCUGACGACGAAAGCAAAAAACUCGACACAUGCUUCAGUAUACGAGAUGCAGUUAAGGAUCGACGUAUUGAAAUUUCUUAGGUGUAUCCGAAGUCGAAUUCGAUUGUUUUGUGUUUCUUCUGAAUGUGAUGAAAUAAAACACGACGAGUCGAAGAAACGUCACGUCUCUCAUCUUUUGUGUUCCGGAAGAGAUGCUUCUGGUAUUUAUUUAGCUGUUUCACCUAAUUUAAAUCCAAAUCAUAUUAUAGAAAAUAGCAAUGAGGUUGUGCAACUCAUUAAAAGUAGAGGCAUUUUCAUAGAUAUACAAGUAUUAGCCGAAAGACUCAAAAUCAUUAAAAAAUUACAGGUAAAAAUCAAAAACUUUAAGGAAAGCGAAAGCGAAAUUGGAAACGAACUGAAUAAACUCUCAGAUGUGGAGAAAUCUUCAUUGCAGGGGUCUGAAUUAAUAAAGAAACAAACGGAAUUAAGAAUUAAAUCGAAAAUGUUAACAAAACGACUAUGGGAUUUAGAAGAUGCUGCAUUCCCAGAUUUAUUAAAAAUUCCAAAUACUUUACAUCCGGAUGUAACUUCAGAAAAUAAGGUUAUAAAUCAAUGUGGUCGUCCUAAUGAAUUUCAAUUUACCGUUAAGGCUCAUACCGAAUUGGGUAAAUUGAAUAGAUGCUUGAAAUUUACGCCGUUUCAUUCGUAUUAUCUCCUAAACAAAGCAGCAAAACUCGAAUUUGCUUUAACUAAUUAUUUUACUGAUCGUCUGACUGAGGCUGGAUUUGUUAACGUUAUUGGACCCGACUUUUGUAAACAAGUCACUUUAGAAGGAUGUGGUGAGAUGCCCGAAGAUAUUUGUCGGAUGAUAACUGUAGAAAAAGAAGGGCAGUCAUACUAUGUUACGGGAAAUGCUUCGUUACCAUCAUUUAUUGCACCGUUAGCCAGAACUCUCACGAACAAAUCGUCCUUACCUCUCUGCUAUUUUAAUAUUGGUCGAUAUUACAAAUCCCCCAAUAGCAGAACGGAUGAUACGCUUUUUACCGUUUGUCAGGAUGUUAUUGUUAAAACCCUUAUAUCUACUUUACCUUCGGAAUUCACAAAUCAGUUUAGUCGGCUCUGUGAAAUAAUAGAACGGUGUUAUAGAGAAAUCGGCAUUCCGUUCCAAACUGUACAAGUAUCUUCUUGUAGAUUGGAACGAGCAGAAAAUUUAAGAAGAGAAUAUGAACUGUGGUCUGCACAUAAAAAUGAAUUUGUAACUGUUGGACAUAUAUCAAUUUGUACAGACUAUAUAAGUAAAAGACUAAUGAUAAAAUACGGAAAGGGUAAAAUAUCAGAAAAUUAUGUGUAUAUCAUUGAAUCCACAAUAGCAUCACUUCCUACAUUGAUUGGUUGCAUUAUGGAAAAUAUGCAAACAAUAGAUGGGACAUUUUCAAUUCCAGAUGUUCUUAUACCUUAUUUUUAAUAAUAUAGUAUAAAAUUACAAACAAUAAACUGUAAAUAUGCCAAUAUAUCCUGUUUUUAUAGAACUUAUAAUUAAGCAAUUAUAAUAAAAUUUAAAUGUUACAUAGUCUUAUUUUGUUAUAUUC